CGCGUGGUUAGCGUGAUAAAUGGUGGAAUAAUGAUGGUAGUUGGAUGAUACUUCCCCGUGUAUUAUACCAUGUGGUUAACAACGUAAUAGUAUGACGAUAUUCUAAAUUGUUUUUGAUUAAUAAUUCUUAUCAAAAUGUCAUUCUUUAUUCGAAAUCAGCGAGAUACUAGUAGUUCUAAGCGAAAGAUAAAUGGCUUUAAUACAAAAGAUUCCAAAACUAAAAAAACAAAAAGAAAAACUAAAAAGCAUUUUGAUGAUAAUGAAAGUAUUGCUAGUACAGAUGAAGAAUUGGCAGAAGAACAAAAGAGGAAUGAUUACGAAUCUGAUAGUAAUUCAGAAGAAGAAGAAACAGCACAAGAAAAGAAGAUCAGAUUGGCUAAAAAAUAUUUAGCAGAGAUAGAAGAAGAAGUGCGGGACAGAAAAGAAUUUGAAGAAGGUGCUAUUGCCAAAAGAUUAACAGAAGAUUAUUUAGAAACAAAAGGUAGAUUAAGAAAAUUAGUAGCUGAUAAAUAUACAGGCCAUAAAGAGCCUUUUAUUUUGAGGAGCAAAGAUCACAAAGAUUCUAUUACUUGUAUUUGUCUAUCAAGUGAUGGUCAAUUUUUGUUUUCUGGUUCCAAAAAUGGUAGUAUAGUGAAAUGGAUGCUGUCCAACCGGCAAAAAGUAAAAUCAUUGAAGGGCAAAAGUAAAAAAAAUCAACAAGGACUAAAAUCUGUCAAAUGCAUCGCUGUCAGUACAGAUAGUAAAUUUUUGGCUGCAGGAUCAGAUGGUUCAAAAAAUAUAAGUGUCUUUUCAUCAUCAGACCUUAGUCAUAUAAAAGAUUUACAAGGUCAUAGAGAUAUUGUUUCUGCACUAGUAUUUAGAAAAGAUACUCAUACUUUGUAUUCUGCAUCAAUGGACCGAUGUAUAAAAGUAUGGGAUUUGGAUGAUAUGGCGUACGUUGAAUCCCUUUUUGGACAUCAGAGUGGAAUAACAUCAAUUGAUGCACUAUCAAAAGAAAGAGCUAUAACUAGUGGUGGAUUUGAUGGAACAGUAAGAAUAUGGAAGAUUGCCGAAGAAUCACAAUUGAUUUUUAAUGGUCAUGGCAGUAGUAUAGAUAUGGUCAAAUUUAUAAAUGACGAAAAUUUUAUUAGUGGUGGAGAUGACGGGCAAUUAUGUAUAUGGGGUGCUUUAAAAAAGAAACCAUUGUGUUGCAUACUCGAAGCUCAUGGAAAAGAUGAAGAGAAUGGUCUACCAAUGUGGAUAUCAAGUGUUACAGCAUUACUGAACACGGAUUUAGUAGCGUCAGCGUCUGUUUCAGGUUCUCGAAAUGGCAUCAUUAAGCUAUGGAAAUGUGGAGAAUCAUUUAAAAGUAUCCAUCCGUUAUUUGAAAUAAAAAUAAUCGGUUUCAUAAACUCUCUUGCAUUUACUUCUGAUGGAAACUUUCUUAUUGCCGGUGUUGGACAGGAACACAGACUAGGAAGAUGGUGGCGUAUCCCUGAAGCAAAAAAUAGCGUUGUUAUAAUACCACUUAUUCAAAGUACUACUGAUACAUGAUUGCAAUAAUGUAUAAGUAAAAUAUAAUGAAUGAGUCACGUGUAAAUAGUACAUUUCCUAACUAGUGCAGAAAAAAGAUUCUUGUCUUGCGUGAGGUUUACGUCCAAGCAAAGACUAGAAAGGUACGUAAGACAAUAAUCUACUUUCCCACAUUAAGUAGGUACAGUUUUUUCAAAACAACGUGUGGAAAGCGUGAAUUUGAGUGCAUAUCUUUCGCCAAGCGUGCGGCAAAGUCAUACUUUUCGCACGGUGUGUUAAAAAGACUAUGCGACUGUUAAGUUUUACUGAUUGUUACUUCUGGUAAAAUUUGGUUCAAGAACAUUGUUGUAUAGUAAGAUGUAACAUAUUUUCAAAGACAUUAUUUGUAUCUCUAGACCCACAUACAUACAUGUUUUUUUAUUUAAAAAUAAAAAAUAAAAUUUUUAAAUAUAACGAACAUUUACACAAGUAUUCAAAAUAAAUUCUAUAUAGGUAUAAGAUCAUUUUAAUUUAUUGUAAUUUUUAAUAGAAAAGGCUAGUUUGUUUCUUUACACUCUGAUUUAUGUUUGCAUACUAAUAGUAAUAUUCUUAAUCGCGUUUAAUACAUUACCUAAUUAGUGCAGAAAAGUAAGUUCUUAUAUCUUGCGAGAUAAUUUUUUAUAAUUUCAAAUUUUGUAUUCAAUGAUAUUUUAUAUCUUUUUUAGAUAUUGUAAUUUAAUUUUUUAUAAUUAUUGUAAGUUUUAUUAGUUACACUCGUUACAAAAGUUGAUAUCACUUGGUGAUCAAAUUACAUGAUUACAAAACUUAUUGUGUUUUCACUUGAAUCGUACAAAUUAUAUCAAAUAAAAAAAACUUGACUCUUAUUUGCUUUCAUUAAAAUUCAAUUGAACAUCUAUUAUGCUUCGAUCAAUUGUCAGUCUAACAUUAAAACCAUAUAAUUUAGAGUUCUAGAACUUCAAUAUCCAAACAUCAAGAUGCUGUCACGAAGACUUAAUGUUGCGGAAUUGUUCACAGAUGAAUGAAAUUCACAAAAACAUUUGUAAGCUUAUAUUUUUAUUUGCUAAAUCUAUUCAUUUGUAGUUUUCAUGUAAAGAUUUGACCAAGAGAUUCCUGAAAAGGGAAUCGGCAAUAUUGGAUGCACUGUUAGAAAAUGUUAAUGUAUAGGUAAUAUAAACGUUUCCAUGGAUUUGACUUUUUUAUUAUCGAUUAAAAAAUGUAUAUAAUAAAGCUUAAUUGACUUCUGCAAUAGUUAACGAAUUCUA